UAUUAAGCAGUGAAGUUUACAUUUAGCGAUUUAGCAUUAUCCUUUCAGCUGGCGAGAUGUCAUCAGUAUUAAGGCUCUGUACCAAAUUCAGCCCAUCUGGAUUUGUAUCACUGUUGUCUGGAAACAGCAGUCAUGGGAGAAUCUGUGCUCUGCCAUACACUGCAUCUCAAAAUAGAUAUUUGUCAUCCUCAAAAAUUAAAGUGGACCUGGACAGUAGUAAUGGUGUUGCUAUAAUGCAGUUCCAAAGUCCUCCUGUCAACAGUCUCAGUCUUGACUUUCUGACUGAGUUUGCUAUUAAUUUAGAAAAACUUGAGCUGGACAGAAGCUGCAGGGGUGUUAUCAUAACAUCCGCCCAGCCGAAGGUGUUUUCUGCAGGCCUAGAUAUCUUGGAAAUGUAUAAAAAGAGCCCAGAGCACUGCGCAGAAUUCUGGAAGGCUGUACAGGACGCGUGGCUUAAGCUUUACGGGUCCACCAAGGUCACAAUCGCCGCUAUCAAUGUGAGUGCCACUAUACUCUUUUGUUACUAG